AUGGAACGCGAAAAGCAACAUCACGGCGAACGCCUACCGGAAAGUGUCGAGCCCAGAUCUGGUCCAAACAUGAAUUCCUCGGAUCCGGCAGAAGUAACUGCAGUAGGGAAAUCCAUGGCACAACACAAUCUGGUGCGAUCUCCUCGGUUCUGGGCCGUCAUCAUCGCUCUUGGGUUCUCUGGCCUUCUUGCCGCACUAGAAGCCACCAUCACCUCCACCGCGCUGCCCUCAGUUGUUGCUGAUCUAGGAGCAGGCGAGCUUUAUUUCUGGGCCGUUAAUGGAUAUUUGUUGACCAUGACAUCUUUGCAACCCUUGUACGGACAAUUGGCCAAUCUUUUCGGGCGCCGAUAUCCCAUGAUCUUUUCUGUCGCGGCUUUUGUUCUUGGGAGUGGUAUAUGCGGCGGUGCGAAAAGCAUGGCCAUGUUGAUCGCUGGCCGCGUCAUCCAAGGGGUCGGUGCUGCGGGAAUCAAUGUCCUUAUCGAAGUUAUAAUCGCCGACCUUGUCCCUCUCAGGCAGAGGUCUGCCUACUUCGCUCUCAUUUUUGGUCUGGUGUCUCUUGGAUCCGGGCUUGGUCCCUUUUUUGGAGGCGUCAUCGUUAGCAACACCACCUGGCGAUGGGUUUUCUACUUGAACCUGCCGAUUGGGGGUAUAGCACUGCUGUUGCUAAUUUUGUACCUCCAAGUGAAAUGGAACAAAACGACAACAUUAGCUACGAAAAUGUCCCGCAUCGAUUGGUUCGGCAACGCUUUUUUUGUGGCAGCCAUCAGCUCGAUCCUGAUCGCCCUCUCGUGGGCGGGCGCGGUAUAUCCUUGGUCGUCGUACCAUGUUCUGGUGCCUUUGAUUGUCGGCUUGCUGGCUCUCGUGGCUUUUCUCAUCCUCCAAGGCUCAUCCCGCCUCGCCCCUAAUCCGACCAUUCCAUUGCACUUAUUCCGGCAUCGCACUUCGGCCACGGCGUUUGUGCUUACUUUCUUGCACAGCGUCAUCACCAUAUGGGUACUCUACUUCUUGCCAGUGUAUUUUCAGGGCGUUCGUGAUGCGUCACCUGUCAGGUCGGGGGUUCAGCUAUUACCCACGAUUCUGACUCUCAUCCCCUUUGGGGCCUUGGGAGGGGUUGUCUUGACGAAAUUUGGCCGCUACAAACCACUGCAUUUCGUGGGCUUUGCUUUCAUGGCCAUAGGAAUGGGUCUACUGGUCCUUGUUGACGAGAACUCGAGCACCGGCGCCUGGGUCGGCUACCAGAUAAUCCAAUCUGUUGGUGGAGGUAUCGUCAUUGCGACCCUGUUGCCAGCAGUGAUGGCGCCGCUGGCUGAAUCAGAUGUCGCCCAGGCAACCGGGACGUGGGCUUUCAUGCGCAGCUUCGGCUUGACCUGGGGCACAGCAAUACCGGCCGCUAUACUCAACCACCACUUCGAUGUCUUGGCCGUGGAUCACAUAGCAGAUGACGCGCUAGUAGCGCAGUUGAAAGGUGGUCGCGCUUAUGAGCACGCUACAGCAGCCUUUCGAGCCACCCUGACACGAGAGGAUCGCGACCAAUUUGCCUGGGUUUUGAACGAAAGUUUGCGGCUUGCAUGGCAGGUUGGCAUUGCGUUCGCGGCCUUGGGCUUCUUCGUGGUAGCUUUCGAAGAGGAAGUGCCGCUACGCAAGGAGCUCGAGACCGAAUUUGGUAUGAACAACAGUAAGAACGAGAGUUCUGCCACCGAGCAUCCGAAGAGUUCUCAUUGA